CGCGGACGGUAAUCACAGCUUUUGAAGUAUAUAAACACAGUUAAAGUUCUGUGCUUAAAGGCAGUUAACUGCAGAAGCGCUAUCAGUGUCAACCCGAUUAUCUAAUCACAGUGAGCCAGUCAGCUGCUGUCACACUCUUCCUCUCACAGUACAGCUGAAGCAGCGCGCUCUCUCUCGCGCCGUUUUGACGUUUCUUUUGCACUUUCUCACUUUUGGUUAAACUCUCACACUGGCGGGUGCGGGCGACAAAGGCGCUUUUAACUACUCGACAAUGCUGAAGUUUUUGUUGACCUUUGGCGCCGGGGUUUAUACUGGCAUCUAUGUUUCGCAAAACUAUGAGGUUCCUCGAGUAGAUGAUCCCCAAAAAUUGGUUCAGCGUCUCAACGAAAAAGUGAAGGAACUCGUGGACCAAAGCAAGAACAAAUCGGCCGGCGAGAAAUUAGUAGACGACAUUAAAAGGGAGGCCAAGAAGACACUGGACGACUGACUGCUGCACUAAGUCCACGUUUUUAGUUUAAACAAAUUUAUCUUUGAUCAAAUAAAGCGAUGUUACAUGUAUAAAACUA